ACCCUUUUCCUACCCAUGACUUAAAAAAAACCACUAUAAAUUAUAAUAUAUAUCACCUUGACUCGUAACAUCAAACUACUAAUUCCCCCCUGGUAAACAUAAAAAAACAUGGGAUCUGACAUUGGACAGGAAACCAUGGUGAAACCAAAGGAAGACCAUAUAUUCCGGAGCAAAUAUCCUCCUGUCCAAGUUCCUGAUGACAUGACGCUGCCCAACUUCGUACUUCAUAAUGUGGAACUCUACACAGACAAGGUGGCAUUUGUGGAUGCUGCCACUCGGAAAGCAUACACUUAUGGUCAAGUUGCAAAGGAUAUUCAGAGAUUCGCAAAGGCGUUGAGGUCACUAGGCCUGAGAAAGGGGCGGGUGGUGGUUGUUGCCCUGCCAAAUGUGGCUGAAUAUGCCAUUAUUGCACUGGGAAUCAUGGCUGCUGGCGGUGUCUUAUCUGGUGCCAACCCAGCUUCCCAUGCUUCUGAACUCAAGAAGCAAGUUGAAAUGGCUGACUCAAAGCUUAUUGUUACUGAUGCUUCAACUUAUCCCAAGGUUAAAGAUUUGGGGAUUCCAGUGAUAUUAGUGGAUGAGGAGCAUAUUCAGGGAACAAUAAAGUGGGUCGAAUUGCUUGAGGCUGCAGACCGUGCGAGCAAUGACCUCACUCUCUCCGAAGAUGAGGUGGUAAAGCAGAGUGACUUAUGUGCCCUUCCUUUUUCAUCAGGCACAACCGGUGUGUCAAAGGGGGUGAUGCUGACACAUAGAAAUCUGGUGGCUAACCUUUGCUCCUCACUCUUUAGUGUAGGACCAGAUAUAAUAGGGAAUGUGGUUAUACUAGGGCUAAUCCCAUUUUUCCACAUAUAUGGAUUGGUUGGAAUUUGUUGUGCAACCAUGAGAAACAAGGGGAGAGUGGUGGUCAUGCGCCGGUAUGAACUGAGAGCGUUCCUCGGCGCUCUCAUCAACCAUGAAGUCAACUUUGCACCAAUCGUGCCACCCAUCAUUUUGGGAUUGGUCAAGAACCCCGUUGUAGAUGAGUUUGAUCUUUCCAAGCUCAAACUCAAAUCCAUCAUGACGGCCGCUGCCCCCCUAGCACCUGAAAUUCUUAAUGAAUUCCAGAGGAAAUUCCCUGAAGUUGAAGUCCAAGAGGCAUAUGGCAUGACUGAGCACAGCUGCAUCACGCUUACUCAUGGAGAUCCAAAAUUGGGUCAUGGCAUUGCCAAGAAGAAUUCAGUAGGUUUUAUUCUUCCUAAUCUAGAAGUGAAGUUCAUUGAUCCUGAAUCUGGUCUAUCUCUUCCAAGAAACACCCCAGGGGAGCUUUGUGUCAGAAGCCAAUGUGUCAUGAAAGGUUACUACAACAACGAGCAUGAGACUGCCCUUACAAUAGAUAAGGAUAGCUGGCUCCAUACCGGGGACAUUGGUUACAUCGAUGAUGAUGGAGAUAUCUUCAUCGUGGACCGCAUCAAGGAGUUGAUCAAGUUCAAGGGUUUCCAAGUAGCUCCUGCCGAGUUAGAAGCAACACUUCUCAGCCACCCUUCAGUUGAAGAUGCUGCUGUUGUCGGGUUACCUGAUGAGGAAGCUGGAGAGGUUCCUGCUGCAUGUGUGGUUUUGUCUCCUGGAGCAAAGGAUACUGAAGAGGACAUCAUGAACUACAUUGCAUCUUGCGUAGCACACUACAAGCGUGUGAGAGUUAUGCAAUUUGUUGAUUCCAUACCUAAAUCACCUUCGGGCAAAAUCAUGAGGAGACUUAUUAAAGACCAGGUGGUGGAGAAUCUUACCCGUGGAUCCAAUGAUGUGCGUUUCAAGCAAGCCUAGAGAUAUAAUCAUAAGAAUCCUCCGCUGUUAUGACCAAGUAUAUUAUUCUUAAGAAUACAAAUAUGAUUUUUUACUGUAAGAUGUUGGUGGAAAUGACAACGCCAUUCAUAUAUCAUGCCUAAAACACCUUUCAAGUUAAGAAUAUUAACACUUUCAAGAGUGUGCUGAUGUUAAAUCUGGUAUGAAAUAGUAUAUGACAAUUGUCAAA